AUGUCGGCCAACGCAUUGACUCGAGCAUUCCCAAAGGCGCUCAAGGAGGUCCGUCUGCACCUCUGCCAGACUGGCCAGGCUUCUGCAGGAGCGAGGAAAUUCCUCGAGGCCAACUACAAGCCCAUCAAGCAGUCCAACCCGGACCUUCCCUUCCUUGUCCGAGAAGCUAGCGGCACCCCUGCACGUGCCUUUGCUCGAUUUGAGCGUGGCGUGGAGAAGCACGUCGAGCUUGACGGUCUCAGCUCGGCUGACGUCGAGAAGAAGUUCGGCGAGUUGCUCUCUUCCUCAGCAUAG